AUGCUCUCGGGUUCUAUGCAGGCGCAUCUCAAGGGCCGCCUCGGCACCGCCGCCGCCCUCAACCCCAAGGCCUGCGCCGCCGCCGGCCAGAGCGGGAUGCAGUCGCUCUACGAAGUGCUCUUCUCGCAGUACCAUCUCGCGUGCUCGCAGAUUCUGACGUCCGACACGGACUUUCGCGUGCCCCAGAUUCGAGCCAACGUCAAGGAGACCAUUUUGGCGCUGCUUAAAGUGGGCAUCAUCCCUGUCGUCAACGAGAACGACGUCGUCUCGCAGCGCCAAGUGCCCCUCACCGACGCCGACGAGCGAAUCGCAUGGGACAAUGACUCGCUCGCGUCCCUUGUGGCGCAGGAAGUCGGCGUCGACUGCAUGAUUGUCCUCACCGACACCGUCGGUCUUUACGAUCCGUCGACCAAGGCGCUCGUGCACGAGUAUGCGUCCAAGCAGCCGUGGAUGUUUGCGCCGAGCUCGCGCGUCGGACCGCUCGGGCAGCAAGACAAGGUCCUCGCGUGCGUCACGGCCGUCAACUCGGGUCUCGUCCAGGCUGCUGUCCUGGCGCCAGCAGCUCCCGGCAGCAUCGUCGACGUCGUUGACGGCAAGACGAUCGGUACGCUCUUUAGCGCGUCGCCCGGCUCGCUCCUCGAGCUCGACGUGGGUUCGAGCAAGCUGUAGCUGCCCUCUUUCUACCACACCGAUAUCACGUGCAGCUUUAGAAUACAACUUGUCUGCAAGAGAAAUGAAACUAUUUCGUGACCAUGCUGCGACUGGGAGCGGCGUCGACCAGAGAGUACUCGCCGGUGACGUCCUUGAGCCGAA